AUGCCCCUAACCUACAGCGUGCACGUGCUAUCGUCGUUACUUCCCGGUGCGCGCGGGCCCGCGCUGUUGCCGCUGAGCGCAGGAGUGCGCGUGAUCCCAGUUGAAAUCAAGGAAGCAGGUGGCAGUGUGCCAGGCAGCAGUCCCGAAGAUGCUGCUUUCCAGGCCCCUCUAGCUCAGGAAUCCUGCUGCAAGUUCCCAUCCUCCCAGGAGACAGAGGAAGCUUCCAGCUGCUCUCGGAAGAAAGACUCCAGCCCUAUGGUGAUCUGUCAGCUGAAAGGAGGUGCCCAGAUGCUCUGCAUAGACAACUGUGGUGCAAGGGAGCUCAAAGCACUCCAUUUGCUUCCUCAGUAUGAGGACCAGAGCAGUUUCCCACAGUCAGAUCUCCCUAAGCCAAUGACAACUUUAGUGGGGAGACUUCUGCCAGUACCAGCCAAAUUAAAUCUCAUCACACAGGUUGAUAAUGGAGCGCUCCCAUCAUCUGUCAAUGGAGCUGCCUUCCCAUCAGGACCCACUAUGCAAGGGCCACCCAAAAUAGCUCUGGCUGGAUACUGCGACUGUUUCGCCAGCGGGGACUUCUGCACCAGCUGCAGCUGCAACAACCUGCGCCAUGAGCUUGAGCGUUUCAAAGCCAUUAAGGCAUGUAUUGAUAGAAAUCCUGAAGCUUUCCAACCAAAAAUGGGGAAAGGCCGCCUGGGAGUUUCUAAGCUGCGACACAGCAAAGGAUGUAACUGUAAGCGCUCAGGCUGCCUGAAGAACUACUGUGAGUGUUAUGAGGCCAAAAUCAUGUGUUCUUCAAUUUGCAAAUGCAUUGCUUGCAAAAACUAUGAGGAAAGCCCAGAGCGAAAAAUGCUGAUGAACACACCCCACUAUAUGGAGGCUGGGGACUUUGAGGGCAAUCACCAUCUGUCCCCAGCCAAGUUCUCAGGACCUCCAAAACUGAGAAAAAAUAGGCAGACCUUUUCCUGUAUCUCCUGGGAAGUCGUGGAGGCCACAUGUGCCUGCCUGCUGGCCCAGGGCGAGGAGGCAGAGCAGGAGCGCUGCUCCCCAAGCUUGGCUGAGCAGAUGGUCCUGGAGGAGUUUGGAAGGUGCCUGUCGCAGAUUCUCCACAUCGAGUUCAAGUCCAAGGGGCUGAAAAUUGAGUAG